UGGAAGCCGCUAAAAUCCUCCGAGCGGAAGCGGCGCCGGCGGCCCCUGGGAGAGCGCCUCCCCGCCCCCCUCACUGUGAACGGCAGCUGCCGGCCCGGGGAGGCGGAGGAGGCCGGGGUCAAGCAGGUGGAGAAAGACGAGGACGCCGCCCGGCCCCCCGGAGGAGGAGAGGUCUCCCGGCCCCGGUACAGCUUGCUAGCCGAGAUCGGACGGGGCACGUACGGUGUGGUCUACGAGGCGGUGGCCCGGAAGAGCGGAGCCCGGGUGGCGGUCAAGAAAAUCCGUUGUGACGCCCCGGAGAACGUGGAGCUGGCACUGUCCGAGUUCUGGGCCCUGACCAGCCUCCGCCGCCGGCACCCCAACAUCGUCCGCUUCGAGGAGUGCGUCCUCCAGAGGAACGGCCUGGCCCAGAAGAUGAGCCACGGCAACAAGAGCAGCCACCUCUACCUCCGCCUGGUGGAGGCCUCCCUCAAGGGAGAACGUCUUUUUGGCUCUCCGGAAGAAGCCUGUUACCUUUGGUUCGUCAUGGAGUUCUGCGAAGGUGGCGAUCUCAAUCAGUAUAUCUUAUCCAGGAGGCCGGACCCUGCAACCAACAAAAGCUUUAUGUUGCAGCUGACAAGUGCCAUUGCCUUUCUGCACAAGAACCAGAUCGUACAUCGGGACCUCAAACCUGAUAAUAUUCUGAUUACCGAGCGAUCGGGCGCUCCUGUGCUCAAAGUAGCAGACUUUGGCCUCAGCAAGGAAACUACAGGGGAGGGAGCGAACGAGAACAAGACUGUGAACGUGAACAAAUACUGGCUGUCGUCGGCCUGCGGCUCUGACUUUUACAUGGCUCCGGAGGUGUGGGAAGGUCACUACACGGCUAAAGCUGACAUAUUUGCCCUGGGCAUCAUCAUCUGGGCUAUGAUUGAGCGCAUCACCUUUGUGGACGCAGAGACCAAGAAGGAGUUGCUGGGGACUUACAUAAAGCAAGGCAGUGAGAUUGUGCCUGUAGGGGAGGCGCUGCUAGAGAACCCAAAGAUGGAACUUCACAUCCCACAGAAACGCAGGACUUCCAUGUCGGAGGGCAUCCGGCAGCUGCUUAAGGACAUGCUGGCCGCUAAUCCUCAGGAUCGGCCGGAUGCGUUUGAGCUGGAGACACGGAUGGACCAAGUUACAUGUGCUGCUUGA